AUGUCCUCGGUAGAAACAAUGUCUAGCGGCGAGAAAGGAUGCGAGGUGGAGAUCACCGCAACUUCAGAAAUGACUGAUACCGGUGAGGGAAAAUAUUCCUACAAAAUGUUCCAAGAGCUCGAGGAAUAUUAUGUCCAAAAUCCUGCAGAAAAACGUAAAUUGUUGACCAAGGUCGAUCUGCGUCUUCUGCCAUACCUGUCCUUCUGCUAUCUAUGGUGUACUCUGGACAAGUCCAAUGCCGGCAACGCCAAGCUGUUUGGCUUUUUGACGGACACCGGGAUGUCGAGCAAGCAGUUCAACUUAGCUCUUACCUGUCUGUUCUUCACCUAUGGGUUGUUUGAGCCGAUCUCGAACCUGGCGUUGAAAAAGGUCGGACCAAAGCUCUGGGUUCCUACCAUGAUGACUAUCUGGGGAGUUGUUGCACUUUGCACGGCUUUCGUCCACACUUGGCACCAGUACAUUGGAGUCAGACUCUGCCUCGGUGCGGCCGAAAGUGUUAUUUAUCCGGGUUCCUACUUCAUCUUGAGUUGUUGGUACACGCGUUCUGAGCUGCAGACAAGAAUGGGUAUCUUCUAUGGUGCUAACACCUUAGCUGGUGCCUUCGGGGGUGUCUUGGCGUACGGUAUUGCGACUUUGGAUUAUGCUCGUGGAUGGCGUGCUUGGAGAUGGCUCUUCUUGAUCGAAGGUGUCGCUACGGUGGCCGUUGCCUUGGCAGGAUACCUCAUUCUUCCAAACUUCCCUGGCGAGGGAAAAAUCAAGUUCUUUACCGAGAAGGAGCUGGACUACCUCCAUUUGCGUAAGAAGUACGACAACGGUCCGGCUGGAACUGAGCAGAAGUUUGAAAUGCACCAGGCUCUGAACGCUUUGAAGGACCCUCAAGUGUACUUUGUCAUGCUCAUGUUCUGGUUCGGAGGUUCUGUGCCAACGUACUCUCUUUCCUACACUUUGCCAACCAUGGUGAAGAACCUUGGAUACUCUGCAGUCAGAGCUCAGGCUAUGACCACCCCUCCAUACGUGGCAGCCACUAUUUUGACUGUUGGAAUGGCCAUCUGGGCAGACAAGACUCAACAGCGUGCCCGCACCAUCAUGAUCUGCUACACUAUUGGACUUAUUGGAAUUAUUAUCCUGUGGAUCACCGUCCACCACAAGAACCUGCCUGGAGUGUCGUACUUUGCUAUUUUCCUUGCGGCCUCCGGUUACAACGCACAAGCCCCAGGGAUUGGAGCGUGGCUCUCCUUGAACAUCCCCAACCCAACUAAGAGAGCGUCUGCUAUUGGGUUCAUGAUGCUUCUCGGGUCCAUUGGAGGAGGAGGUAUCGGCUCCAAUAUCUACCUUGACUCACAAGCUCCAUACUACCCACUUGGUUUCGGAUUUUCCGUCGGCUGUACCGUUCUGGGAGCAAUGAUUCCUUGUAUGUGCAACUAUAUUUAUCUCAAGAGACAGAACCAAAAGAGGGAUGCCAUUCCUCAAGGUGUUAUUGACUCUUACUCUUUGGACCAGAUUGCCGACCUCGGUGAUAAGGCCCCAACGUACAGGUACGUUCUAUAA